UAUUGAUAAGACCGACGGUUCAAAACAAGCCGUUAUCACGGUUCAUUCCAUAAGAAAUACAUGGGUCGAAAAACAUGUUUGAAAAAAAUUGGUUUUAAGUGCAUUUGUAUUUUUUUCUUAAAGUUCUAACUAUUAAAAACAUGUUCUUUACAAGUUUAUACAUAUAUACCGACCAAAAAUAUGAAGCUAAACGCUUUUUUCGUCAAUAUAAUCAAAGUGUAGUAUUUUGUAUUUCUAUGGCACACACAUUAUACCACAUACUCUAUGGAUUAUACACAAAUCAGUUAAGUAUUAUUAAUAUUUUUUACUAUUGCAAUUUUUACAUAGAAGUAUGUACUAUUUUCCCUCCAUUUUACAUAAUAAGUAUGUUUUAUUACUAUACUUAUAUAUUAUAUAAUUUGUUGUUUUUUUCUUUUUGAGCCAUUUGCUUGCCCUAAGCUUUGUUUCGGCGGUCUUCAGUAAGAAAAUAAAAUUUCUUUUUUGAAAAGAUUUUUCAAUUGUUAAAAUGGUUCAAUGUUGGGUUCCGCUGUGAUCUCACAUUUCCAACCGAGAAACCUGCAAGUUUUUUAGAUUUCCAGCUAAUGAUAUUGAAUGUAAAGUCUGGGCUAAAUCAGUGAGAAGAGCAGAUACAUAUCCCACAAAAAACAACAAAAUAUGUAGUUGCCAUUUCAAAGAUGGUUUAAGAGAAAAUGGACCUACUGAAUUUGUUUGGAAUAAAAACUCAUCCUUUUCAUUUACAUCUCCUGAAAAACAUACCAAGCGUAAGAAGGUAGACAGUGCAUCAUGUUCACAGGAAAACAAAAGUUCAAUUAUUAUUGAAAAUAGUGCAACAACUGAAACUUAUGUUUUAACACCUACAAAUAGUAAAAGUGAUGAAGUUGAAAAGUAUUUUCUUCAUAAAGAAAUUGAAGAAUUAAAAAAAGAAAAAUUGUUUCUUAAAAAUAACCCUUUUGGUUACCACUCUAUUGAAUCUGAUAACAAAUUAUUUGAGUUUUACUGUGGGAUUAGUAAAUCUAUGUUUGACAUAAUUGUUGAUUUAUGUUCAAAAGUUUCGUUUAAAUAUUAUUAUGAUUGGAAUGUUGAAAAAUUUUGUUUAAAAGACCAAAUCCUUAUGACUCUUAUAAAACUAAGAUUGAAUUUAGUUUAUCCAGACUUAGCAUUUAGAUUUAAGACUAAUGAAUCCACAGUAGGUAAUAUUAUAUUAACAUUAAUAAGUGUCCUUCAUGAAAUUUUAUUUAUUAACUUAAUGAAUACAGUACCUUCACAGAAUAAGAACCAAAAUUGCUUGCCAGAAUGUUUCAAUAAUUUUCAAAAUUGUAGAAUAACAUUAGAUUGUACUGAAAUUUCAUGCGAUAUUCCUAAAUCCCUUUUGGAUCAAAAGCUCACAUAUAGUUCUUAUAAGAAUAAAAAUACAUUGAAAGGGCUUAUUGGAGUGGCUCCUAAUGGUGUUAUUACUUAUGCUAGUAAAUUGUAUCCUGGAUCCACUUCUGAUAAAAAAAUUGUAGGCCACUGUGGAGUAUUAAAUAUAUUACAACCAGGUGAUUUAGUGUUAGCUGAUAAAGGCUUCCUAAUUUCAGACUUAAUGCCUCCAGAAACUUCCUUAAACAUUCCCCCUUUUCUUAUGUCUCCACAAUUCACUCCAAGUGAAGUUCUGAAAACAAAGAGCAUAGCUAGAGCCAGAAUUCAUGUUGAAAGGGUGAUGGUUAGGCUGAAGAAGUUUAAAAUUUUAACACACAUACCAAAAUCGCUUUAUACAAAGUCAUCUUUAGUAUUUCAAUUAUGUGCUGCAUUAGUAAAUUUCCAAAAUCCAAUAAUAAAAGAAGUUGAGCAUCUGUUUGUAAAUAAUGACAACACAUAAAAUAUAAAUUCCAAUAUUCAGUUUUUAUUUGUUAAAAAAAUUAUA